UGUGUUUGGGUGGUGCAGCCUUCAAGUUACACAACCACCACUCAUUUCAAAAGGAACCAAAUCAAGAAAUCCAAACUAAAAUCCACAAUCAACAACCACCACAAUGUGGACUUGAAAACAAUCACCUCCUCCUCCCACCCCUCCUCCUCCCUACACCACCACUCUCCAUGGCCACCGGCUAGAUCUUUAAACAAAAAUCAGAGCAUAUUCUCUCUAAAUUUAUCCAUAAUUCCAUAAACCAUGACUACUUCUUCUUACUGUUUUUCUCCCACUAGAAACCCAAUCACACAUUCAAACACGAACUUGUUGUUUCUCAAUUCAAACCUUUAUCUACCAAAACACAGAAACCAUGCACCUUUCACUUACGAAACCAAGAAAGAUUUCAUUUCCAACAUACCCAAAUCCACAAUUUCGCUUCUCAACAUCAAGAACCACCAUAAAUCCACACACCCUUUUGCAUCUUUAUCAUCUUUUGCUCAAAAUCAAGAAGGUGAAGGUGAAGGUGAAAAUCAAGAAAGUGUUAAAGAUGAAGGUGAGUCGUUGCCUGGUAUGGCUCAAGCUUUUAACAUAUCCUCCAACACAGCUUCUGCUAUAUCGGUUUGCAUAGCUGUUGCAGCUUUGUCUUUACCUUUGAUCAUGAAAUCUUUGGCUCAAGGAAUGGGGUUAAAGAUUAAGUUGUUGUCAUACGCAACACUUCUGUUUGGGUUUUAUAUGGCUUGGAAUAUUGGUGCGAACGAUGUGGCGAAUGCCAUGGGGACAUCGGUGGGGUCCGGGGCUUUGACUCUCCGGCAGGCGGUGCUGACCGCCGCCGUGUUGGAGUUUUCCGGCGCGUUGUUGAUGGGUCGGCAUGUGACGAGUACAAUGCAGAAAGGGAUUCUUGUUGCUAAUGUUUUUCAAGGGAAGGAUGCUUUGCUUUUUGCAGGGCUAUUAUCGUCUUUAGCCGCUGCGGGUACUUGGUUACAAGUUGCAUCGUUUUAUGGAUUACCUGUCUCGACUACACACUGUAUUGUGGGGUCCAUGGUUGGGUUUGGGCUCGUGUAUGGAGGACCUGAUGCGGUUUUCUGGAGCUCAUUAGCAAGGGUGACGUCAUCUUGGGUUAUAUCGCCUCUUAUGGGUGCAGCAGUUUCCUUCCUCGUGUACAAAUGCAUCCGUAGGUUUGUUUACAGUGCUCCAAACCCCGGACAAGCAGCGGCUGCAGCUGCACCGAUUGCUGUUUUCGUGGGUGUCACAGCAAUAACUUUUGCAGCUUUUCCUCUAAGCAACACGCUCCCAAUAGCAUUCACUCAAGCUUUAGCAUGUGGGACACUUGGCGCAUUCCUAUUCAACAACAUCAUCCGAAAACAACUCGGUCACCUCCUCGACAAGUCAAACUCAAAGUCAAACUCCACACCACAAGAGUCACACGAAGAGUCAACAACCAAAAGCAUCGGUUUCCUAUCAGAUAUCGCGGGGCCCACAGGCACCCAAUUGGAAAUAGUUUACGGGGUGUUUGGCUACAUGCAAAUUCUAUCGGCUUGCUUCAUGUCAUUCGCGCAUGGUGGAAAUGACGUUUCUAACGCGAUAGGCCCUUUAGCUGCGGCUCUUUCUAUAUUACAAGGGGGUGCGACCGGGGGCGAAAUCGUAAUUCCAAUGGAUGUUCUUGCAUGGGGUGGAUUUGGGAUUGUUGCGGGGCUUAUGAUGUGGGGGUAUAGAGUGAUAGCUACGAUUGGUAAAAAGAUCACCGAGUUGACUCCUACACGAGGUUUUGCAGCUGAAUUUGCUGCUGCUUCGGUUGUACUCUUUGCAUCAAAACUUGGACUUCCUAUCUCGGCUACUCAUACUCUUGUGGGUGCAGUUAUGGGAGUCGGGUUUGCAAGAGGGCUUAAUAGUGUCAGGGCGGAAACUGUGAGGGAAAUUGUUACUUCAUGGGUCGUUACUAUUCCAGUUGGCGCCGUCUUUGCUGUCAUCUACACGUGGCUAUUUACCAAGUUCUUGCCGAAUAUUUUUUGAGUGUACAUCCAAAAAAUAAUAAUUCGAAUUUGAGGCUUUAUUAAACACUAAUUAAUUACUCAACUUUUUUCUUUUAUUUGAUAUAUAAUCAAUGAUUGAUUGCCUCA